UUGAAUUUUGAUUAAAAUAUUUUUCGUACCUCAUUUCUAUCGUCAUGGCCAUACAGACGACACAAGCUGAGCUUGCGGAGCUCUCUAGGCAGCUAGACUUUGAGGAAAAUCAAUUUUAUUGGCUCAAGAAAUUUCUCAAGUUUGUUUUUUUGUGCCCGGUGCAGCCAAAAGUGAUUCAAAAAUCCGGAAGAGCCAUGAUGCAUUUGAGCUUUAUUUUUUCAAUUAUAAUAACGUGCACUAGAGUUCACAAAGAAUUAUUCGUGAAUGAAAUAUACCCACCAAUGCUGGCAGAGCUUGCUUUUCAACUCAUCACUUUGCUGGGCGUGUAUUUUGUUUAUUUGCAAGCGAUAGGCUCGGAAAAAGUCCUUUACAGGAUGUGUGAGGUCGUGACUAUCGAUUGGCUCAGCAUCAAAGAUCCAGAAGAAAAAAAUACCAUGAAGGUAGUAUGCGAGAAGGGAUCUCGACUGAUAUUGAUACACUUUGGCAUCUUGCUACCAUCUCUCCUGGGCUAUGCACUUGCCCCGGUGUUUUUACCAGACUUGCUUAAUCCUUACUUGCCGGAAAACAUGACCCUCGAGAAGACCCUCUGUGCCCAUGUUGAGCUGUUCAUCGAUCAGGACAAAUACUUUUACCAUAUUCUCAUUUUUAUUAUUCACAUGGUUAUCUUGAUUAUGCUGGUCAUCAGUGCAUUGGAUUUGGCCUACACGUCUUGCAUUACUUACAUCAUGGGCAAGAUCAUAUGGAUUGGAGACGUUUUUCACAGACUUGGCGAAAUAAAAACUUCUGAUAAAAGCCCAAGUGCAAAACGAAAAUUAGACCUUUACGUGCAUCAAACUAUUAUCGGAUUGAUUAAACGACAUCAAAAAUGCUUAGAAUUUUCUCAAACAUUGAACGAUGCAUGUAGCCCCAAGUUGAUUAUCGUCAUGGUAGGCUUUAUGAUUGUCUUGAGUUUAGCCGGAUCUAUGGCAAGUUUAAUUUUAAUUUAA